AUGGGUGAUGCAGACAAAGGUCUGAAAAUCUUUCAAAGAUCUUGCUCCCAAUGCCACACGGUAGAAAAAGGUGGUAAGCACAAAGUGGGCCCUAAUCUACAUGGAUUUAUUGGCAGAAAUACUGGCCAGUCUCCCAAUUUCACAUAUUCUGAUGCCAACAAGAAUAAGGGGAUGAAGUGGACUGAGGAAAAUUUAAACGAAUAUCUCAAGGACCCAAGAAAGUUUAUGCCUGGGACAAAGAUGGUUUUUGCUGGACUGAAGAAGGAACAAGAAAGGAAGGAUUUGAUAGCUUAUUUGAAAAAGUCAUGUGGUUAA